AUGGUGUAUGUUCUAAUCACUCCUAAGCCGUUUGCAAAUAAGAAUGAGACAAUCGCUCAAAGUCAGGCAAGAAUCAAAUGGGAACAAGAUGACUACAUCUGCAAGAGACACAUUUGCAAUGCAAUGUCUGAUACAUUGUUUGACGCUUACCAGGACAAAGCAACCGUCAAGGAUUUGUGGGAUGCACUUAAGGCUAAGUAUUUUUUAGAAGAUGCUAAAAGUAAGAAAUUUCUGGAGACCAAAAUUUUCAGUUAUAAAAUGGUAGAUUCUAGGCCUAUUGUUGAACAAUUCAAUGAAAUUAUGCAUAUUCUUGAUCAAUUCACUCAACACAAUAUGAAAAUGGAUGAUUCUAUAUCAGUUUCAUCCAUUAUCGAUAAACUCCCUCCAUCAUGGAAAGGCUACAAAAGAAGUCUGAAGCAUAGAAAGGAGGAAAUGUCUUUAGAAGAUCUAAGCCAACAUCUUCAUAUAGAAGAGCAAAUAAGGCUUAGAGAUGAUAAGGAAGAGCAUGAGUCUUUGACCUCCAUUAUGCAUAUGAUAGAGGAAGGAAAGACCCACCAACCCAAACAACCAAGAGAUAACUCCUGGUGGAUUGAUUCAAGAGCAACAAAGCAUGUCUGUAAAGACAAGAGUUUAUUCAACAGGAUUCCCGAGUUAUGCAUGAGACGUAUUCGAAGCUUGAAUUUAUUACCUUCUGACCCUGAAAUUUGA